AUGAAGUUCUUCACUCUUACCAUUCUCGCCAUGGUCUCAGGCACCCUGGCAAUGCCUGUCGCUGCCCCUGAUCUCAGCUAUGCAGGCUUGGAGAAAGGUGCAAAGCCGCACGUUGGUCCUUACAAACCUGACCGUCCUUGCUUGCCUAGCCAACAGUGCCGUGGAAAGAACUAA